GAGAAUUUGACAUUGACAUUACUACUUUCGAGCUUUUCAUUAGUUCGUUACCCAGUAUAUUAAAUAGUUGUUAAUUUUUGUGUUCGAAUUGAAUCAAUUGAUACUACAAUAAUGGAUCAAACAAGUUCUAACAUUAAUUGUGACGGUAUAAAAACGACGGAUCGUGACUUCAAUUGUUUUUCAAAACAUACAGAAAAACUGUCRAGAUGGCUUCCGGUUUCAAAAACUGAGUUUGAUCCAACAAAACAUAGUAAACUACGCAGUGAAUACUUUAUAAAUACUGAUAAUCAAAAACCAAAAAAAUGUUUUUAUGGUUACGUUUGUAAACAAGAAAAUGCUAUUCCAGUAUUUCCAUCAUCGUUUCAGCCUCCACUAAAAAUCAUCAAAUUAGAGCAACAAGGAACUGCAGAUACUUCAGAUACUUCAUUUAUUAAAGAAAAAUCAGAGAAUGAGUUAUCUGAUGAAGUUAACCUACUAUUGUUCACUAAAAAAAUAGUGGAACAAAUUGAGGUUACACCAGCAAAAGAAAAAACUGUUGAUGAAAAGUGUGCUGACAUUCAAAAAUCAAUGAGUGAAAUGGCAGAAUAUCGUCGAAAGAUACUUCAUCAAAAAAAAUUAAAAACGUYGACUGAAAGAAAAUCGUUAAAAAAAGAAAAACACAGAGGACAUCUUGACGCUGAAAUUCAAAAGAAACUGGACAGUAUUCGUAUGAAAUUUAUACACAAGAAUUUUCCGUCGGAAUUUAAUAUGGAUUCUAAAAAAUUCUAAAAAGUGUUAUGAAAGUAAAAACGCAGCCCAAAAUCUGAAUUCUCCUACAUCAAAUGCUUUGGAUUUUUUUGAAUAUAAAUUACUAAAAUUGC